CUGUUCUCCGGCAGAGGUUCUUGCCGGUAACAAUCGCCAUAUUAAAUUAUUAAUAAAAACAAAAACUGAUUAUAAACUUUAUAAUAUCUUAAAUUGAGAAGCUGAAUAUUUUGUAGCGAUUCAUGUGCUCAAAACCGUUAAAAAACUGGUGCGGUGGUCGCCGGCAAUGGCUUACAGCAGCGGUACUAGGCGGUGGAUAUGGGAAGGUAAUCGGAGAGAUAGGAAGUGUAUAUAAAAGAGGAAAUUGUUGUGAAAGGCAACUUUCAAAUAUACCAGUAUUUUUAUGUAUCAGACAAAAACAACUUUUGGCAUUAUGCAAGUAUUUUGUUUGUUCUUUUUACAAGUGAAGUAAAUUUUGAUGUUGAUACAAAAAAAAUCAGAAAGUGUGAAAUUAGCUUACUGUCACUUUCCUUUCACGGUGUGAUCACAGUGCAGAUUUGGAUCACAAUUCCAUUUAUCACAAAAGAAAUGGUUAUUUAAGGAUCAAAUCGUUCAAUAGAAAACCAUUUCCAUCCCCAUGGCCAACGAAAACCCAGGCGACGAGGUUGUGUGCGUGACCGGCGCCAACGGUUUCAUCGGUUCGUGGCUGGUUCGGACCCUCUUGGAGAACCAAAGCCAUAGCUACACCAUCCAUGCUGCCAUCUUCCCCGGUUCCGACGCCUCUCAUCUCUUCACCCUCCACCCCGCCGCCGCCUCCCGCAUCACCGUCUUCCCCGCCGACCUCCUCGACGCCGCCGCCGUCUUCCGCGCCGUCGCGGGAUGCUCUGGCGUCUUCCACGUUGCGUCCCCCUGCACGCUGGAGGACCCCGCGGACCCUCAAAGCGAGCUUCUAGAACCCGCGGUGCAGGGCACGCUGAACGUGCUCGAAGCCGCGAGGAGCGUGGGCGUGCGGCGCGUGGUGCUCACGUCCUCGAUCUCGGCAAUGGUGCCGAACCCGGGGUGGCCGGCGGGAAGGGUAGUGGACGAGGAGUCGUGGACAGACGUGGAGUUCUGCAGGGCGAAGGGGAAGUGGUACCCUGUGGCGAAGACAGAGGCAGAGAGGGCGGCGUGGAAGUUCGAGGGCAGUGUCGAGGUAGUGGCGGUCCUUCCGGCGACGUGUCUGGGUCCGUUGCUGCAGCCGGAGCUGAACGCGAGCUCCGGCGUGCUGCAGAGGCUUAUGAUGGGGUCGAAGGAGACGCAGGAGUAUCACUGGUUGGGUGCGGUGCAUGUGAAGGACGUUGCUAAAGCUCAUGUGUUGCUCUACGAAACUCCCUCUGCUUCUGGUAGAUAUCUCUGCACCAAUGGUAUCUAUCAGUUUUCUGGUUUUGCUGCCUCUGUCUCUGAAUUGUACCCUGAAUUCCCUAUCCACAGGUUCCCAGAAGAAACACAACCUGGCCUGGUUCCUUGUAAUGGUGCAGCAAGGAGACUAAUAGACUUGGGCCUUGUCUUCACACCAGUUCAAGAUGCUGUGAGAGAAGCAGCGGAGAGCCUUAUAGCCAAAGGGUUCCUGCAGCGCUCACCCUCACAGAGUAAUUAGUUUUCAUUUAGUUUUUUCUCGUCUGCAAAAGUAAUCACUGCUUUAUAUUUUUAUUUUUGAUACAAGGUAGAAGUAAUAACGAAUGCCAUUAUGUCAAGCUUAUCAAGGUAUAAGUAGAGUAAUUUAUAUCUAUUUUGUUGUCACUAUGUUCAUUUUAUAAACAUGGAUUUUGGUGUCUGUUUAAUUCCUUUAAACUUAAAGAUUUGUGUUAAGUGAAAAGUGGGAGUGUAUUUA